AUGGGCUUGCUAAUGCUCAUGCUUAUGUCGGCACUCGCUAUGAAUCAAGCACAAGCACAACAUGUCUUCAAUAUCAAAGAUUUUGGAGCAGUUGGUGAUGGAAGGACUGACACUAGCAAAGCUUUAUCUGAUGCGUGGAGUGGAGCUUGUCACUCCAAAGGGACCAGUGUCGUCUUAAUCCCAAGAAGGACUUACCUGUUGGGUCCAGUGCUGCUCGCGGGUCCCUGCAAUGGCGCGAUAGAAUUUCAGAUCAAAGGGGGUCUGAGGGCUUUUAGUAGCCCUCAACUCGGUAUCGACCAUUGGAUUUCAUUCCAGUACAUUGACAAGCUGACGAUUACCGGAGGAGGAUUGCUUGAUGGCCAAGGAGCUGCUUCUUGGCCGUAUAAUGACUGCAGCAAAAACCCCAAUUGCAAGGCACUCCCAGUGACAAUGAGAUUUAGUUUCGUAACGAAGGCGUGGAUUCACAAUGUGAUAUCUCUCAACAGCAAGAAUUUCCAUUUCAAUCUUUUCUCCUGCAAAGACAUGACCUUUGAGCAUGUUACCAUAAUAGCUCCAAAGGACAGCCCAAAUACUGAUGGAAUCCACAUGGCUCUCUCUAGCUACAUUUUCAUCCGAGACUCGGGCAUAGGCACUGGAGAUGACUGCAUAUCUCUCGGGCCUGGAAGCGAAAACAUAAACAUGACAGGUAUCACUUGCGGGCCCGGGCACGGUGUAAGUGUCGGGAGCCUCGGGGCUAUGGCAAAUGAACCGCGUGUAAAUUCAGUGUUCUUAGGGAGCAGCACCUUCACGGACACUAUGAAUGGCGUGCGAAUCAAAACGAAGGCUACCUCAUACCCAGGCGCUGUUUCAGACAUCACCUUUCAAAACAUCAUUGUCAACAAAGUCAACAACCCAAUAAUCAUUGAUCAGCAAUACUGCCCGUCAAAACAAUGUCGGCUCCAGAUCAGCGACGUUAGGUUCAGAAACAUCAGAGGCACUUCAAGUUCGUUAGUUGCAGUUAAUAUUAAUUGCAGCCCAGCUGUUCCAUGCACGGGCAUCGAACUUAGAGACAUCGACUUGGAGUAUGGUGGAAGAGAACGAAAAGCAUCAUCAGUUUGUGCAAAUGCGAAGGGUGCCUCUUAUGGCAAACAAAAUCCUCCCUCGUGCUUGAAAAGUUCUCUUCACAACAUCCGCUUAAUCUAG